AUGUGUCUCUUAACUUUGCAGAUUACCGACCCAAUGAAUGUCUCCAAGAAAAAUUCCAGUUUUGCUUUUGUGAGUGAAUUUAUACUCCUAACUUUCUCUUUUGAGUGGCAGAUUCAGAUCCUCCUCUUCUCACUCUUCACUACAACAUAUAUUCUGACCAUAACAGGAAACGGGGCCAUUAUUUGUGCACUGUGGUGUGACCAGAGGCUCCACACCCCUAUGUACAUGUUCCUGGGAAAUUUCUCCUUUCUAGAAAUCUGGUAUGUCUCUUCUACAGUCCCCAAGAUGUUGGUCAACUUUCUCUCAGAGACAAAAACUAUCUCCUUUGCUGGUUGUUUCCUCCAAUUCUAUUUCUUUUUCUCUUUGGGCACAUCUGAAUGCUUCCUUUUAGCCAUCAUGGCCUUUGAUCGGUACCUUGCUAUCUGUCGUCCCUUGCAUUACCCUAAUAUCAUGACCAGUUAUCUCUGUGUCAAACUAGUCAUUAUCUGUUGGAUUUGUGGAUUUCUGUGGUUCCUGAUCCCCAUUAUUCUCAUCUCUCAGAUGCCCUUCUGUGGCCCAAACAUUAUUGACCAUGUUGUAUGUGAUCCAGGGCCACUAUUUGCAGUGGCAUGUACCUCCGCUCCAGCAAUCCAAAUGUUCUGCUACACUCUAAGUUCAUUAGUUAUCUUUGGUAACUUCCUCUUCAUCCUUGGAUCUUAUACUCUUGUCCUUUUAGCUGUGCUGCGUGUGCCUUCAGCCAGUGGGCGACGUAAAGCUUUCUCAACCUGUGGGUCUCAUUUAGCUGUGGUAUCACUGUUUUAUGGCUCCCUGAUGGUCAUGUAUGUGAGCCCAGGACUUGGACAUUCUGCUGGGAUGCAAAAAGUUGCAACCUUGUUCUAUGCUAUGGUGACCCCACUUUUCAACCCCCUUAUCUAUAGCCUCCGGAAUAAAGAGAUGAAGGCAGCCUUAAGAAAAGUUCUGGGAAGUUUCAACAUAAGCUAA